GGUAGAUUGGCAGUUUGUAGUGUUUAAUUUGCCACAUUACAUUUAAACCGUUUGGUUUAAUGUUUUCUUUAUUUCUUUAAACGUAGUUUUACUGAUUUAGUUUGGUAUCUCAUAGUGAAAAAAUGGUUUUAGAAAUUGUAAACAGUAUUGUAGUGAGCAAAAACUCAGGUGGGGUAAGUCAAUUUAUUCUUUUACGCAAAAUUACGCAGUGCCCUUGUAAAAUAUAACAAUCACACAUAAAAUACAUCAAUCGCAUAUCCUCCUUGAGUUGUUCAUUCCACAGUCUAUCAUUCUCCCGAUCCCGUUUUUAUUCUGAUUGCUCUCUAUUUUCCUUCUUCGUCACCUUUUCAUUUCAAUUUUCUGCUGGUAAGCAUUUUACUCCCGAUUCCUACUACAUACUAUUUAUAUCUGUCCGCAUUAAAAAGCUUACAGCACACUAUUGUAUCGGUAAGAUCUAUGAAAAUCAUAGUGUUUGAGCUUUUGAACUUUUAAUGGGUGUCUGUAGAAGCCUGAUAGAAAACAGUUAUUCAGUAGCUUAGAUCAGUGGUCAGAUUAAAAAGGUAGAUUAUGGAGUUCAAACAACACCUUGGAUAAGCUAAGGUAGCUGAUCGCAGUCAUGUAGUUGCUUAAUCGAAACUACCAGAUUCUACUGAUUUUUUUAGUUUCAUAAUUGAUAAUUAGGAGCUUUGGACUUUGUAUCGAAUUGUUCACUUACCAAUCACAUAUAUAAACGUUUUCAUUCGAUCGUAGUUUUGUUUGUAGUUUAACACAUUUCAGGUUAUUAAAGGUUUUUUAUACGAUUAAUGCAUCAUUAAUUAAAAACGAUUAACUGUCAAGUACAUACACUCACAUACACUCUUCUCUUCUCUCUAACAUACACUCACCAGUGCCAGUUAAUUCACUGCAAUUUCUUACAUUCUGGACAGUCAAUUUGGGAUAUUGUUUAAAUUUAUUUUAAUAAAUUAACGAUCUCAUUCAUUAACUCCAAUGGUUUUAUGACUAAUCAAGUUCAGAAAUUAACCACGUGCAUACUUAACAACAUUAGGACAACUUCUGCAUCCGCUGAGGUCAUUUGGGAUUUCGUCUGUAAAGCUCAUGAUCCAUCAGUUGCUAUUGUUCAUCAAUUGCCUUUUUUCGCCGAUCAUUCUGGUUUUGUAGCCGCUAUUGAAAAGGUUACAUUUGGAUGUUAUUUGGCUCGCAGUUACACUGCUUUGAAUCAAUUAGGUGUGACAUGUUUUACCGGUAUGUCUUAUAUUGUCAAAAAAUCCAUGUUGAAUGAAGUUGGUGGAUUAGCCUAUUUCGGCAAGUAUUUGGCUGAAGAUUAUUUUUUGAGUGCUGCAUUGUGUCAGAAAGGUUAUCGAGUAGUACUGUCAUCUUAUCCAGUUAUUCAAAAUGUUAGUAAUAGUACAUUGAUAAAUUAUAUCAGGCGAAUGGUUCGUUGGCUUCGGCUACGAUUGAACAUGUUGCCGUUAGUUUCAGGUGUAUUGGAGCCAUUAUGUGAAUCAAUUACACUUGGUUUAUUAUUUGCAUUAACUAUGCAUUAUUUAUUUGAUAUUCAAAUUAUUUAUUUAAUUAUGAUGCAUUUUACACUUUGGAUACUAUUGGAUUAUACAUUAUUACGUUGUAUACAAAAUUCAAAACUUCAAUUUUCAUUUGCAAAAUUUCUACUUGCUUGGAUUAGUCGCGAAUUAUUAGUCUAUGUUGUUUUUAUCACUGCUCUAUCUAAUCCAUGGCGUAUUAAAUGGGGUAAUUACACUUACCGUAUUCAUUUUGGUGGAUUAACUCAACGUUUAUCGUCUAAUAGUACAAUUAUCAAUCACUAUACCAAUGAUUAUUUCAUGAAAAUAAAUACAGACGUUGCAUCUUAUAAUUAUAAACCUGCGUUUUGUGGUACAUCAAUAGAUGUACAGAAAGUAUUCAAAAGACGUACAGUUUCAGAAAAUAUUCAUAUGCAAGAUACAAACAGUGUUUUAAAAGAAUUUCGUGAUGAAAAUAGGUUUGAUUGUUUAAAUGAUGAAAUUACCAACAACUCUCAGCCAGAAACUCAUUUGUUUUCAUAUACAACAAUGGAAGUAUUACCUGUUAUCCACGAUAAUAAAAAUGAUAAUUGCAAUGAUAGUAGAAACAUUCCUUUUCAAACUAAUUCUGGUAACAUAAAAGACAUAGUAAGCAAUAGCGUUACUGAUAAUUUCUUUUCCACCAACUUUAUCAAUAAAACGAAUGUAAAGAUCGACGGAUCCAAUGAUGAAACAAUUCCGGUUAAUGCACAUAUUGAUAAUUAUACUAAUAGUUCUAAUUAUAAUAAUGGAAUUAAUAACAAUGGUGUCAGUAGUAACAACAUGGGUUAUAGUCACAAAUAGAUAGUUUGUGAAAUGUUUGUUUUACCAAUUACUCAAUCCAAUACUUUCUGAAUCAAUUGUAAUACUAUCGUAAUAUACAUUUUUUAAAUUAAAAAUUAUAAAAGAGGAAAAUUUUUUAACUGUCUUCACAUUCACGCUGAACAUACGCUAUACGUUUUGACAGAUGAUCUUAUUACUGAACUAAGGCAUUGGAGCUUCCGAAACUAUAUUUUUCGCUAAUAAUUGUGAAGUUAUCACAUUUUAUUUCAUGAUGAUUGAUAAAUUCAACUCGUUUUUCUGUUUGCUUUUUUUUCUCCACAAAUAAACAGUUAAUGUUCAGUACUCAAUUUUAUUUUCUGUUUCCCUUGAUAACUGUUAAAUAUUUUUCUUGGAAAAAAAUUGUUUUUUCAUCUGAGAUUUGUGAAGAUUCCAGCUUUAUUGUAUUUAAAUCGAAAUUUCUCUCUGUUACCUUUAUUACUUAGAUGUCAAAGUUUCAUCUGCCUCUAUAUCUGUAUAUUAUUGUCUAUCAGCCUCAGUAUUCCACUGUUUAUCAGAGUAAUAUUAUGAUUCUAAAUGUUAUAUUUAGUGCAAAUAAUUUCACUUUUGAUGCUUUGUAAAAGUGUAUGAUUAAUCAAAACAAAAAAGUUACAAAAUACAGGAACCGCAUUUCUUACAAUGAAAUUUAACCAAUUUAUCAAACAUAUAUAUGUGUAUAUACAUACCCUAAUGUAUGUUAGAAUUAUUUCUGUACAUAAUUUUCCUCUAAAAAGCAAUCACAAUGUCUCUUUCGAGAUAUAUUAUGUUCUAUAUUUUGUGCUCACAUUCCUAAAAAACACGUUUUCAUGGGAUUUUCGGAGUGCUUCUUUCUUUUUCCAUAGAAAAGAUUGAUUUAACAUAUUUUAAAUCUAUUCAUUUCAUUAUCACCACCUAUGUGGAUGGGUGUGUUUACUUUAAACUAACUUAUAUCAUCAACAUAUUCCUGGUUGUUUAUGUAAGCAAGAUUUCACCAGUAAUUUUUUAUAAGGUAUAUUUUACAUUAUUAUUCUAUUUACACGAUGUAAAUAAAAUUUAUCCACACACACACACACCACCAUCGAAUUGAUGUGCCAAUAUUAUAUCUGUUCAUGUGUUGUGCAAUCAUUAUUUCUUCAGAAAAAAAUGUAAAUUUUUGUGAAGAUCAAAUUAUCGUUUUAUUUAUUUAUUUAAUUUUCUUUUUGUUACAUAAUUUCUUUUUCAUUCAGUUUGAUUUUGAUGACAUUCAGGUAAAUAAAUCAAAUUGAUGAGUGCCAAAACAAUCUUGUUUUUUUUCUUUAAAAUGUUAUUCUCCUUUGCAUAAUUUGUACACAAAGUACAAUUGAUAAAUUGAUAAUAAGAUUUGAAAGGUUUGUUUACUAUUCGCUCUUCAUUAUUUGUUUUCAAAUGAUCUUAUUCUUGCUAUUACCCGGAAUUGUUUAUAUUCUGUAUUAUUUUUUAUUUGCGACUGUGAUAUAAAACUAUUUGAUUAUUCAUUAUAAUAAUAUUAAUUGUUUAAUCUUUAAUAGUAGCUUUUAUAUAGUUAAUAUCAGGAGUCAGUUGAAGCUAGA